GUCGAGGUGGGAGCAGCAGCAGUCAGCAGCCAACAACACGAGCACGACAACAACCCACGACUGCUGUGAAUCAACCACCUCGUCGCAUUCACACUGCGCGUUCGACCCCAUCUCCCAUCGCCGCCAGGGAUACACGCCACGCUCAUUGCUCACAACACUGCAUUCACCGCGAGCCCGAGCCCGACGCCGCCUCCGCCGACACACGCGCCCCGUUACAGCGCUCGCUCUUUGUGCUCCAAUCUGCGCGCGCGCACACUUUUGCAGUCACACCCAUCACAUCGACACCUGAGCCCUAGGCCGGCAAGCAGGCAAGCAGGCACUGCUGCAUAGGACCAACCAGCUCUUGUUCCCUUCACGUGUCCCGCGCCUCAUUGUUUGGUUGUGCGUUAGUUACCACCUUUUCCCCUGGAGACACGCCCGCGCACGACAACAACAGGAGCAGCCUGGCAUUGACUUGGGCGCGCGUGCGAUAGCCGCCCCUUCACCCCCCUCCCUCCCCCUCUUAUCCUCGUCGCAUCGCAUCACUCCCCCUCCCCCUCAUCGCAUCGCCCAUCUCCACACUAGCACAAGGGCCCCGCUCUUGCCACCACCAUCGACACCAUGUCGUCCAUUGUCAACGGCGUCCGGCGCCUCGUUGCUCGUGCAGGUAUCAACUCAAGCGUCAUCACCGGCCUUGACCCCACCCAUGUUGAUCCCACCAACCCCAUCACCCUCUUCAUCAUCCAGCUCGUCAUCAUCAUCGUCUUCACGCAGGCUCUCGGAUGGGUCUUCAAGUACAUCAACCAGCCAAAGGUCAUUGCCGAGGUCAUUGGUGGCAUUAUCCUUGGUCCCACGGCGUUUGACCACAUCCCUGGCUUCACCCAGCACAUCUUCCCGAAGGACUCGAUCCCAUACCUCAACUUGCUGUCCAAUGUCGGCCUCGUGCUCUUCCUCUUCGUCAUCGGCCUCGAGGUUGACAUUGGUGUCGCCAAGCGUAAUGGCAGAGCCUCGGCCCUCAUCUCCGUGGCAGGCAUGGUCGUGCCCUUUGGCCUCGGUGCCGCUGUCGGUGUGCCCGUUUACCACAAGUUUGUCGACACGGAGAAGGUGCCCUUCAGCCACUUUAUCCUCUUCAUCUGUGUCUCGAUGGCCAUCACCGCAUUCCCCGUCCUCUGUCGCAUUCUUACCGCCACCAAGCUCCUCGACACCAAGGUCGGUGUCAUUGUCCUCUCCGCUGGUGUUGGAAACGACGUGGUCGGAUGGGUCCUGCUCGCCCUCACCCUCGCUCUCACCAGCAGUGGCAAGGGCAUUGUGGCGCUCUACAUCCUUCUGGCCGCUGUUGGAUGGUCCAUCGUGCUUCUCUGGCCCAUCAGGAAGGGCUUUGUGUACCUCGCGCGUCGCUCGGGAAGCAUUGAGAACGGUCCCACCCCAGGAAUGAUGACCCUCACCUUCCUCGUCGUCUUCGCAUCGGCCUUUGUCACUGGCAUCCUCGGUGUCCACCCCAUCUUUGGUGGCUUCCUUGCCGGUCUCAUCAUCCCCCACGAGGGCGGCUUUGCCAUUGCCAUCACGGAGAAGAUUGAAGACCUGGUUACCAUGCUCUUCCUUCCUAUUUACUUUGUCCUCUCGGGUCUCCAGACCAACCUCGGUGCUCUCGACACGGGCAUCAUCUGGGGUUACAUCAUCCUGCUCUGUGUUGUGGCCUUUGCCGGCAAGUUCUUCGGUUGUGCCGGCGUUGCCAAGUUCUGUGGCUACACCUGGCGCGAGAGUGGUGCCAUCGGCAUGCUCAUGAGUUGCAAGGGUCUCGUCGAGCUCAUCGUCCUCAACGUUGGCAAGCAGGCUGGUAUCAUCGACGAGAGGCUCUUCUCCAUGCUCGUGGUCGUCGCCCUUGUCCUCACCUUCAUCACCACUCCCGGCACCCUCUGGAUCUACCCCUACAAGUACCACACUCGCGGAAGCGCCGAGUACGAAGACUCGAAGAACAAGGAGAAGCGUAACAAGUCUGCCCGCGAGCAGUUCCUGCAGGGCGCCGCUGGUGGAGCCGCUGGCGGCCGCGAAUUUACGACGCGUCUUCUCGUCGUCCUCCAGAAGCUCGAGCAUCUUGCUGCUGCAAUGCUUAUCACUCAACUCCUGGAGCCCACCACGGACGGCACUGUCCGCAACCGCCUCAGCCACCUGGAGAACCCCGUGGAGAGCAAGAGCACGGAAGACCUUCCUUCGUACCCCUCGUCAUCCGAUGAGGAGGGCCAGACACCGGUUCAUGUCGAUGCCCUCAAGCUUGUCGAGCUCACUGGGCGUACCUUCUCCGUCAUGCAGAGUGCUGAGAAGGACCACCUGCUCAAAUCGGACGACGCGCUCCAGCUCUACCGCCAGUUCGGCAGACUCCGUGGCAUCGACGUUACGCCGCACAUUACCAUUGUUGGCCAGGAGAGCUACCCCCAGGCCGUUGCCGAGUACGCGCAGGACCUCAGCUCGCAGCUCAUUGUCGUCCCCUGGACCAUUCCCAGCGAGCCUAUCGCGGUCGAGGCCGAGGAGGGCAAGACUGGUGUGACCGCUGCCGUUUCGGCCUUUGACGGCAUCUUUGGCAGCGAUGGCUCGCCAAUGUACACGCACUUUAUCCGCAACCUCCUCAACAAGUCGACCACCGACGUCUCGAUCUUCAUCGACCGCGGCUUCAGCGGCUCGACUGUUCCUGGUGCCGGUCAGCACGUCUUCCUGCCCUUCUUUGGCGGCCCCGAUGACCGCCUUGCUCUCCGCCUCGUUGUCCAGCUCUGCCACCACACCAACGUCACUGCGACUGUUGUGCGCAUCAGCGUCCCCGACCAUGACAACGAGUCGGACGAGGGCACGGUUGACGAGCACGAGGCGCACAACACGCUGUCCGAGUCGGCCAAGGCCCACCAGGCUGCGUUUGCGUCCAACCAGCUUACUAUUGGCGGCCCCAAGAGCGACGCCCAGAGCAAGGUUGUGUCGGACACCGCCGACAACAUUGCUUGGCAGUACUACACGACUGCGGACGGUGCGGCUGCUGCUUCGGCACUCGCGCGUGUCAACUUUGUUGCCCACACAUCGGCCCAGCCACUCAAGGAUGCUGUCGCUGCCGCCGAGAACGCUGUCACGGGUUCCCAGGGCCAGCGCCUCUGGCGUCCUCUUCUGGUUGUUACUGGCCGUGGCCGCUCUCGCGCCGCCCUCAACCACGACCGCGAGCUUGCGACGCUGCUUGCGGAGCGUGGACAGAACCCGACGAUUGCCGCCGAGCUGCGCAAGACGGUCGGCGACAGCACGACUGCGCUGCUACUGGCGAGCAGCCAGACGAGCGAGGCGUCGUUCCUCGUGUGCGAGGCGGGGCAGUAGGCGCCGCGCAGUAGACGGCGGCAUGAUUUGAUUGUAUGAUUAGUUGACUGUAGAUCAGUCGGGUCGGGAUGUGAUUGCAUGAUGCGCUAGCGGUACAACAGGUACAGGGUGUGGUGGGGGGGUGGGGGAGCUCGUAGAAGUCUGUCCAGUCGACUCAAUAUGCUACUCGGUCUCGGCAGCGGCCGUCGCCAAGCCGCGCUGGCCAGCAGUGGCCAAACACCCCUCGACGACUUGGAGCAAGUGCGAGUUCUCGAGUGCGGCCUGGACACGCUCCUUGUCGUUGAGCUGCUUGUUGACGGCGUGCUCGGACUGGUGGGUGCCUUCCUUGAUGCGGAUGUCGACGCGGUAGCGCGAGGGGAGGGCGCGGAGGAGGCGGACGCGGAGGGAGAGGCCUGAUCAAGGUCGACAUGGAGCAGUGCGGGAUCGUGGGGGUGAGGUACACGAGCACGCGGUUACCGCCGACGUGGAUAUCGUCGCGGGACACGACGCGCAGCUGCUCGAGCGAGACGGGGUGCUCGGGGUCGGUGAUCGAGCGGAGGAGGUCAAACACCUCGUGCGCGUCAAUCUCCUCGAGCUCCUCGUCGCUCGAGGCCGCCUCAACGGCGCCAGCCUCGGCGGCGUACGCGUCCCCCCAGAGGCCUUCGCGCCGGCGCGCGGAGGACGUCGCGAAGAUGGUCGGUGCGGCGUUGUCGAGUUCGCGGGACAUGGUCGUGAGCGAGCGGGCGAUGGG